UGAUUGGCCCCAGCGCAGACUAUCAAUGCUGGGGAAAGAUAAGAACCUGGUCGGGGUUGCAGAAGCGCGGUAGGUCGGCCGGUACUGGGAGAGGUUGACACGAGAGACAGGACCGUGAGCAGCGAGUAAGCGAGCACCAACAUGAGACGGUAGAUAUUCCAGAAAGCGGAGACGACCGGGAGCCAAUGGAGCCCUGUACUACUGUGCUCUGGCCAUUGCGAAAGAGGAAGUUGCCAAGUGACCGUCCGGAGCCCGUUCAACUGUUUGUCUGGGCCUGCGACGGUGCGAUCCCUCCACUUUGGUGGUAGCGCGAGCCACGGUGCGAAAAUAUAAUUCCCGUGAGGGCCGACUCAUAGGUGAGAGCCAACAGUUCCUCAUCGUUCAACUCUGUUCAGGAAUUGCCCUCGUGCCUAUUCGUCGCCAUGGCCGAUGUUCGAGAAAUACACACAACGCCCGGUGCUGGUGUCGCCCACAACAACGACCCGGCGCUAGACAUUGCUCACGAGCACGAGCAUCCUCACGUGCACCACAGCGCGCGUGCAGCCCACCCUGACAACAUUGUCUACACCACUGGAACCACGGACGAGAAGACCAGCAAGUUGUUCCAGCCCAGCGCUCUUGACAGCCACCUCCACCAGCGCCAUUCUGCAGGUGACGUCGAGAAGGCGGGUGGUUACGACUAUGAAGUAGAGAAGGCCACGCGCAGCUCUUCCGACCCUGAGAUGGAGGCAGAGAAGAAGCCCUGGUGGACUUCCUUCUCUGCUUUCUACAGGAAAUUCAGACUUCCUGUGCACAUCUUCCUUGGAGCGCUCUUCACCGGAUGGUGGAUUGCCAGUGUGGUCGUGCACCGUCACGACAAGAACUGGAUCAUUCCAUUCUUGUUUUGGCUGGCCAUUAUGAUCCGCCUGAUCACUCUCCACAUCCCCAUUACCGUCGUCACCAAGCCUAUGCACUGGGUCUGGGCCAACACUGGAACGAGAUUUGCAAACCUCAUUCCGGAGAAGCUGCGCAUUCCUGCCGCUGCCGCUCUCACUAUCGCCGUCAUCAUUGUUGGAUCUUUCGCCAGUGAGGAGAGUGAGGACAACACGCGUGCCAACCGCGCUGUCUCGCUGUUCGGUCUCCUAGUCUUCAUCUUCGGCUUCUGGGCGACUUCUCGCAACCGCAGCAUGAUUGUUUGGCACACCGUCAUCGUCGGUAUGCUGAUGCAGUUUGUCAUUGCACUGUUCGUCCUCCGUACCAAGGCUGGAUACGACAUCUUCAACUUCAUCUCCGAGCUCGCACGUCUGCUUUUGGGUUUCGCCAAGGAUGGUGUUGCCUUCUUGACAACCCCCGAUAUUGCGGCCAACACCUACUUCAUGUUCAGUGUUAUCCCCGCCAUUAUCUUCUUCGUCUCGUUCGUCCAGCUCUUGUACUACUGGGGUAUCCUUCAGUGGUUCAUCGGUAAAUUCGCUGUCUUCUUCUUCUGGGCCAUGCGAGUGUCAGGUGCCGAGGCCGUUGUCGCUUCCGCGUCUCCUUUUAUCGGUCAGGGUGAAUCCGCCAUGUUGAUCAAGCCCUUCGUUCCCCACCUUACCAUGGCCGAAAUGCACCAAGUCAUGUGCUCUGGAUUCGCUACUAUCGCCGGUAGUGUUUUGGUUGCCUACAUUGGUAUGGGCCUCAACCCGCAAGCCCUGAUCUCAUCUUGCGUCAUGAGUAUUCCUGCUUCGCUGGCUUUCAGUAAGCUUCGAUACCCUGAGACUGAGGAGACUCUUACCGCCGGUCGCGUCGUUGUACCUGAUGACGAUGAGCACAAGGCUGCCAACGCCCUCCACGCCUUUGCAAACGGUGCCUGGCUCGGUCUCAAGAUCGCUGGUAUGAUCGUCUCCACACUUUUGUGUAUCAUUGCCCUUCUCAACUUGGUCGACGGUCUGCUCACCUGGUGGGGACGCUACAUCAACCUCGACGGCGACUACGACCUGACUCUUGAGUUGAUCCUCGGUUACCUCUUGUACCCAGUUGCCUUCCUCCUCGGUGUAUCGCGCCAGGGUAACGACUUGCUUCUUGUGGCUCGUCUCAUUGGUGUCAAGGUCAUUACCAACGAGUUUGUUGCAUUCCAAUCGCUUGUCGACGAGGACCCGAAGUCCCCUUACCACACCCUUAGCCCACGCUCGCGCCUUAUCGCUACCUACGCUCUCUGCGGUUUCGGUAACAUCGGUUCACUGGGUACUCAAAUCGGUGUGCUCAGUCAGAUUAGUCCCGGUCGCAGCGGUGAUGUCUCGCGUCUUGCUCUAUCGGCUCUUAUCACUGGUGUCUUCUCCACCUUGUCAAGUGCAUCGGUUGCUGGACUUGUGGUCCUUGACGGAUCCAACUUCAGUUCAGGCUCAUAGGUUUCGAGCUGAAGUCGUAUGAAUUAGUGCAUUGCUGAGGAUCCACUGUUUGGUGGUCCUAAAAUAUUAUGUUAGUAAGCUGUUCGGUGUAGAAGAUACCCAUCUAGUAGUACAUGGAUCCUGAUAAGGAAUGAAUACCCUCACUUCAAAAUUCUUCCGCAAAAACUAUGAUUGCUUUGAAAAACAGAAGUGCUACGAAUGUUCUGUAUCCAAAAUAACGGGGUAUUGACACAAUAUGACCUGAAUUCUUCGCCCUUUGACAAGAAUGCUACCUUGGCAUCGCCCUUUUACACACGACAUGUUGCCUCAAUUUGGUUAGCGUGUCCAAAAGUGGUAGUCCCUUCAAGCCUCACAACAUUGUAAUCUCGCUUCUGAACUCGUGUCCGCUUGUACAAAAUGAUGCCAUAAUAUUGAAGAUGUGGU